AUGCAAUGUAUUACACUAAAUUUGAUUUCAAAUCUGGUUAUUUCCAGAUUCCUCUAUCUAAAGAAGAUCGCAAAAAAAGCUGCAUCUUCAACUCGUGACAAUCAUUAUCAAUUCACUGUUCUUCCACAAGGAAUAACCAAUGGGCCCGCAACUUUUCAACGUGUCAUUAAUCAUAUAUUAGGACCCGCAAGAUGGAAAUAUCCAUUAGCUUAUAUUGAUGAUAUUAUUAUAUAUUCAAAAACAUUUGAAGAACAUUUAUUACAUCUUAAUGAAAUUUGUACAAUAUUAAAAGAUGCUCGAUUUCCUCUUAAUCCAGAUAAAUGUGAAAUCGUUCAAACUCAAACAGAUUAUCUUGGAGAUAAUAUUAAGAAUGGUGAAAUUCGUCCAAGUCCUCACAACAUUAAUGACUUAUUAAAUACAAGAUUACCACAAGCUGCAGAUCUUCAUCUACAAAUUUUACAAGCCGAUGCAUCUGAUGAAGGAAUCGGCGCAGUAUUAUUACAAACAUAUCCAGAAGGAGAUAGGCCGAUUGCUUAUCUAUCCAAGAAAUUUUCUCAAGCACAACGCAAAUGGUCUCUUAUGGAACAAGAAUGUUAUGCAUUUAUUUGUGCAUUAGACAAAUGGCAUAAUUAUUUAAGUGGAACUAAAUUUACAUGGGAAACUGAUCACAAAGCAUUAACACAAUUAAAUAAAAAGGCAAAAAUUAAUAAACGAUGUGAACAAUGGAGAUUAAAAAUUUUAGAAUAUGAUUACAAGGUGAAAUAUAUUCCUGGAUUAACAAAUUAUAUGCCUGAUUAUUUAUCACGAUCUCCAGUUGAUGACGCUGAAGAAGAUCCUGAUGAAAUAUCAUUUUUCACUUCAAAAUCAACACAAACUGAUUCUGACUUUAUUAAUUCGCAUUUACCUAUAGUUACUGAUGUUCAAACUCGUGCUAAGAAACUACGAAAUCGAACUCCUACUACUGAAAUUGAUGUAACACAAUUAACAUCGGAUUCUCUGACGCCUCCGCCGGCUAGUCAAUCAUUGAAUACUACAACCGCAGAGAAUCGAAUUAUUCCAAUUUCUACCGAACAAUUAAUAGACGCUCAACAAAAUGAUGAUUAUGCAGAAAAUAUUAUUAACAACAUCAAGAAUUACAAAAAUUAUAUUAUAAAAAAUAAUCUUUUAAUGCGUCUAUCAAACACUCCAGUUCCUUAUCUACCACAAGGUGAUCUUUGA